AUUUCAACUACAAAGUCGUCGUCCAUGACUCCCCAGGCGCAGGACAACCAUGCGUCCGUGUGUGUAGAGAAGUCGGCGCGGGACAGCUUUGCCGCCGUUACAACACCCGUCAUGGAAGAUGAUAGUGCGACUGUUCCGCCUAUGAGUACCGGUAGCGUCGACUUUAGUAGUAUAUCGCCACCACUCAAGAAGGUCCGCGUGGUGUGUCUGGACGUAUUCCGAGGCGUCACGAUCGUCAUCAUGAUCUUUGUGAACCUUGGUGGCGGAGGACUGGAACCCUUCAUGCACGCGGGUUGGAACGGCCUGCAACCCGCCGACUGCGUGUUUCCAUUCUUUGCAUGGAUCAUGGGUGUGACGAUGAACAUUGGAGUCGCGUCCCAUGCGAAGAAAGGCACUGCGCCUUGGAGAAUGCUGCGGGACAACCUCAUCCGAUCCAUCAAGCUGUUUCUCCUCGGCAUGUUCGUGAACAACGUCCGCAACCUCUCCACGGGCCGCAUCACGGGGGUGCUGCAGUCCUUCGGGUUCGCGUACUUGGUCGUGUCGAUCAGUGUCGUCCUGGGCUUGUACUGCAAGUCCGACGUCCGCAAGUGGCAGCAGCGCGCGGUCGAAGGAGUCGUCAUGACGGGGGUCGUGGCGACGAACCUCCUGCUUACGUUUUUUCUGUCCGUUCCUGGCUGUCCCACCGGGUAUUUGGGCAACGCGAUUGAAAGCUGCACCGGUGGUGCACACUACUACAUCGAUCAGCUUAUUUUCGGCGACGCGCAUCUGUACUACCCGGGACACAUCGACCCCGAAGGCUUUUUGAAUUGGCUCAUGGUAUCGUUUGUCACGUACUUGGGCUACGUCAUCGGUGGCGUGUUCCUUGCCGCUCCCGCAUGGGUACUACUACUACUAGUACUCUUAGUAGUACUAGUCUCGACGACGAACGGGGUUGGAUGGCUCAUAUUGUUGCGUAGAAGCGGAAAGUGACAGUGUUAACCGCCUCGGGUAUGGUAUUGGGCUUGGUUGGGCUGAGUUUGGCUGGGUUUUCAGUCGAAGAUGGUCCUAUCCCGAUCAACAAGAACCUGUGGAGCCUGUCGUUCGUGCUGGUCGUGGCCGGCCUCGCCAGUGUCGUGCUGUGCGUACUGUAUGUACUUGUCGACAAGUUGGAGUGGUGGCACGGCAUGCCGAUCAAGGAGACCGGCAUGAAUGCGAUCGCGUUAUAUGUGGGGCAUGAAGUGGUGGGUCAACAUGCUCCAUUUGGUUGGGAUCGAGACGAAGAAGUGAUGGCCCAAAACGUGCUGAGCAACCUCGGUGGCACCCUCUGUUGGGUCGUGAUUGCCAUGUGGAUGUUCAAGCAUGGCAUUUUCAUCACAGUCUGACGACAAAUUCGACUGGCCAAAAUCAUGCUAGUUGAGCUCAAGCCCAAAGCCACACUCAAGAAAAAUAUGGAGUUUACAACAAGGACAAAACAAUAUAGCUGAACAUGAUUCUAAAGAGAAGGCACCGUCAAUAGAGAAGCUUCAACAUCAAGCGUGAAAACUGCUGGGCGAUCAGUGACAAGCAAGAUACAACUGCCCUUCACUACGUACGUGCACUCGCAGUAAACUUGAUAGAACGUAAACUUCAACAUAUGAAACCACCCCAAGGAAUGAAU